CUACGGAGUACAAGUAAGAGUACGCAGUACGCACGGGAAUACAGAUACUUGCUGACGGACCGAGUCGUUGCCCUACCAAAGGUCGUUGAGAGCUCUCUCGUCGAGCUCGACACAAAAGAUUUGUUAUGUCGCGCUGCCGCCGCAGCCAUGAAUAACGAACAAUUCCGCCGGCUUCUGCUAGCCAACACGGCCAAGUCUGGCUCCGAUACCAAUGGCGUUUCUCCUCCCAAUAAUGCGCGCCCGGCGUCGAGCACGUCGCUCGCGCUAGGAUCCAAACUCAAGUCGAGCAUCCCCAUGACCCCUCGGUCCGUGGUGGGUGCGCGCGGCGUGGAUUUUGCAAAGCAGCUUGCAGAACGAAACCAGAGCUCGGAAAAGCCGCAGAAAAAGUUCCGAUCGUUCGCGCCAAGAGGCAGCCGGCUCGCCGAGGGCUACGUCGAUCGAGCCAGGACGAGGGAAGAGGAGGAGGAGGACGAGCGGGCCGAGAGACUGAGGAAUCUAGAAGAGUCGUUCAAAAAGGGAGAUAUCGACCGCGAGACGUACGAUCGCUUACGGAACGAAAUCGUGGGCGGCGACCUGUCGAGCACCCACCUGGUCAAAGGGCUGGACUUCAAGCUGCUAGAGCGGAUACGCAGGGGAGAAGAUGUCUACGGAGAGGGGCAAAGGUCACGUCAGGCGGAAGACGAUAAGGCGCAAAAUGACGAGCCACAGGAGGAGGACCCCGAUGAGGUCUUGGAGAAGCUCGAGGCUACCGAAGUCAGAGCCAUCGAGAAGGAAAAAGUGCAGAAGAAGGGCCAGCUUGCCACUACCGCACUCCAACCUGGCCAAAAACGAACACGAAACCAAAUCCUGGCCGAGCUGAAAGCUGCGCGGGCAGCCGCCGCCAAGACAAAGGAGGGGUCGACCCUUGGUGCCAAGUUCAAAAAGAUUGGCGAAAAGAAGACACCAGGGGUGAGGAUAGAGAGGGACAGCAAAGGUCGCGAGGUCAUGAUUAUCGUUGACGAGGACGGGCAUGAGAAGCGGAAGGUGAGGAAGCUCGACGCCAGCGCUUCAGAGGAACAGGAGAAGGAAAAGGAGCUUCUGGCCUCGGGCAAAGUCCUUGGAAUGGAGGUGCCCGAGUUCUACAAGAAGCAGCUCGAGGCGCAACAAGCCGAGGAGGACGGAAAGGAGAUCAGCAUCUUCGAUGACGCCGGAUCCGACUACGAUCCACUGGCCGGACUAGAAGGGUCGGACGGGUCUUCCGACGAAGAAGACGAUGCCAAGGAUCAAUCGAAGGCCAAGGAUCAAUUGGAGACCAAGGAUCAAUCGGAGGCCAAGACGGCAGCAGAGAUGCCCCCGCCGCCCAAGCCUGAGGCUCCCGCGGCGAGAAACUACUUCAAGGACUCCAAGACGGCACUCACGUCGGAAGAAAAAUAUAAGGCCCCGUCGCUCGACGACCCGGCCUUCUUGGCGGCCCUCAAGAAGGCCAAGGCGGCUAGUGCCAUGGAAAAAUCAGAAGAGGAGAGAAAGGCAGCGGAGCGAGAAGAGCGGCUCAAGAAGAAGCUCGAAGAAUUGCACCGCGACGACGAAGAUAUGGACAUGGGCUUUGGCUCCAGCCGGGUGGAAGACGAGGCGGAUCUGGACGAAACCAAGGUCAAAUUGUCGGCCUGGGAUGAUGAUGACGACGAUGGCAGAGCUGGCGGCGGAGGCGGCGGAGGAGGAGGAAAGUCGCAGCGGAAGCGGGGGAAGAAGAAGAAAAAGGGGGACAAGAAUAGCUUUGCGGAUGUCAUGAAGGUGAUUCAGAGACAGAAGGGAGGUGGCGGGUAGGGCCAAUGCUUUGGGAGUGCACGGCAGCAAUUAAUUACUUGUUGGGGCACUGUACUAGUGUGCCGGCCUCAAACUACGGAUUACAAGCGUCAACUGAGGACACGGCAAACAUUGCCGGAAAACUGUGAAGCUAAAAAAGAACGGGAAAGAACCCGCGAC